AUUCCAGAGGAUAUGUUAUUAUCACUGGCAGAAAAGAAAAUAGCUAAGCAGGACUGGGAGGCUAUUAAGACGGUGUGUUUGGGUGCGGUCAAGGUCAAGAAAGCGAGGGCUCAGACUUUAAAAUGUGAUUUUGAAAUCAUGAACAUGAAGGAAAUAAAAUCUUUGGAUGAGUUUUAUAUGAAAUUGAACGGCUUGGUCACGAACAUCCGAGCAUUGGGUGAGAAGGUGGAGGAGACGUACGUAGUGAAAAAGAUUUUAGCAGCAGUUCCCACCAAGUUUUUAUAAAUUGCCUUAGCCAUUGAGCAGCCGAGUGUCGCUAAUCUCGCCGUGAAAGAGAACAAUAACAAGAGGUAAACUUUACACAAAGUGCUGAAGAUGAGUCGGCACUAUUAUUUCUGGAACACGAGGUUAAAGAGAACAAAGUGAUGCUGGUGACUAAAGAUAAAGGAAAAACAGUUGGAGGAGCAACUCGAGAUUGCAAAGAAGAAAUAGAUGUGUGGUAUUUAGAUAAUGGAGCCAGUAGUCAUAUGACCGGGGCACGCUCAAAGUUCAGUGAAUUGGACGAGACUGCAACAGGAAUAGUGAAGUUUGGCGAUGGAUCAAUGGUUGAAAUUAAAGGUAAGGUUUUAUACCAACCCUUUGCAACAAUAUAAUAAGUCUGGGACAAUUAUAUGAGGAAGGGAAUAGGGUAGUCCUUGAUGGUGAGUUCAUGUGGGUUUAUGAAAAAGGUGGAAAGUUACUAAUGAAGGUGCAGAAAUACAAAACCGUUUUUUAUAAACUGGUCCUAAAUCAGGAAGCAGUAACAUGUAUGUUAAUAAAAGCGGAUGAGAUGACCUGGUUGUGGCACUCACGACUGGGCCACGUCUAUUUCAAGGCGAUGUAGCUUAUGUCAAAAAAUGAUAUGGCCCGAGGAUUGCCAAAUUUUAGUCAGCCUACAGAAGUGUGUAACGGUUGCCUAUUAUCAAAGCAGACACGGAGACCCUUCCCUUCUCAAACAAAUUUUUCAGCAAAGAAUGCUCUCGAGUUGAUACAUGAAGACAUUUGUGGACCGAUUUCACCCCCAACACCAGCAGGUAAUAAGAAUUUUAUGUUGCUAGUGGAUGAUUUUAGUCGUGAUGUGGGUUUAUAUGAUCAAAUCUAAAGAUGAGUCUUUGAAUUAAUGCAUUUAAAAAAUUUCGGGCAACUAUUGAAAAAAAAAAUAAGGGAAUACUUGUCUUGAGAACAGAUAGGGAAGGACAAUUAUGUUCGAGAGAUUUUUUUUCUCAUAUUGUGAGAGUGCAGGGAUUCGGAAGCAUUAUACAGCCCCGUAUUCACCACAAUAAAAUGGCGUUGUUGAACGCCGAAACAGAACCAUAGUUGCUAUGGCAAGAAGUCUGUUAAAUGAAAGAAAUCUGCCAUCAAAUUUGUUGGGAGAGGCGGUCCGACAUGCUUUUUAUAUUAUGAACAAACUCCCUACCCGAGGUCUAUCAAAAAUGACACCACAUGAGGCCUGGACAGGUGUGAAGCCAAGUUUUGAUUUUGUGAAUGUCUUUGGCUGUGUAGCUCAUAUAAAGAUCCCUGGAGUCCAUCUCAAGAAACUUGACAACAGGAGCAAAGUGUGUGUUUACCUUGGUAAAGAACCUGGAACAAAGGCAUUUCGAUUAUAUGAUCCGAGUACAAGGGGGAUACAGGUCAGUCGGGACAUUGUCUUUGAAGAAGAAAAGUGUUGGGAGUAGACUGAACAAAGCUCAAAUAAUGCAGCUGAGUUGAUAUCAUUUUCUAUAAGUGACAUUCAAGAGGAUGCUCAAAAUACGGAUGAAGUCGAAGAAGAAAAUGCCCCGACACCACAGUCAUAAGUAAUGCAUUCUGGAGGCUCACAAAAUGAAGAGUACGGGUCUGAUACAUCGAACAGCAACAAUGAAGCUCAAAAUUUCAGGUUUCUCACUGAUAUAUAUAAUGGAACAGAAGAAAUCGAAGAUGAAAACGAACUGUUGCUACUAGAAAUUGAGGAACCUGCUACGUAUGAACAGGCCAUUAAAGAGCGAGCAUGGAAGGUCGCUAUGAAGAAUGAGAUCGAGGCAAUUGAGAAAAAUAACACCUGGAAGUUAACAAAAUUGCCGCCAAGCCAUAAAGCAAUCGACUUGAAAUGGGUUUAUAAAUUAAAGAAAGACACUACGGGAAAGCUUGUAAAGCACAAGGCUCGGCUCGUAGCAAAGUGGUAUGUCUAUAAGUUUGGUGUUGAUUAUGAGGAAGUGUUUGCGCCAGUUACAAGAAUGAAAACAGUCCGUUUACUAUUAGCUUUAGCUGCCAAAAAUGCAUGGGAGGUUCAACAUCUUGAUGUCAAGUCCGCUUUUCUGAAUGGAGAUUUGUUGGAAGAAGUUUAUGUGAAUCAGCCUAAAGGUUUCUAGAAAGAUGGGGAAGAGAAUAAGGUGUACAGGUUUUAUAAGGCCCUUUACGGUCUCCGUCAAGCCCUCGGGCCUGGUACCCUCGAUUGAGUAAGUACUUGAUCAGACUUGGAUUUACAAAAUGCCCAUUUGAACAUGCGGUUUAUAUCAAACACGAAGGAAAUGAGUCGCUGAUUAUAGGAGUAUACGUUGAUGAUUUAUUGAUACCGGGCUCAAGCAUCUCCAACAUAGCUAAGUUCAAACAUCAAAUGAACCAAGAGUUUGAUAUGAGUGACUUGGGAAAGCUGGCCUAUUAUAUUGGAAUUGAAGUUGAACAGGGAAAUGGAUUUACAGAGCUACGACAAACGGCUUAUGCCAAAAAGGUGUUUGAACGUACUGGUAUGUUGGAUUGCAAUCCUAUUAAAUAUCCUAUGGAACCGAAAAUUCAGUUGCACAAGGAUGAGAAUGGAAAGCUAAUUAAUUCGACUAUGUUCAAGAGCAUCAUUGGGGGAUUAGGGUAUCUGGUCCAUACUCGACCAGAUAUCGCUUAUUCAGUUUGAGUGGUUAGUUGUUUCAUGGAGAAACCUACAGUGCUGCACAUGGGAGUUGUUAAACGAAUAUUACGCUAUGUUAAGGGAACUUUAAACUAUGGGCUUGUGUACACCAAGGGUCGAGGAAAUUAUUUGUUAUCAGGUUUUACGGAUAAUGACUUAGGGGGAGACGUUGUCGACAGGAGGAGCACGGGGGUAUGGCCUUCUACCUGAAUGAUAGUCUAAUUACAUGGGUCUCACAAAAGCAGAGGUGCGUGGCUUUGUCGAGAUGUGAAGCUGAAUUCAUGGCUGCCACUGCAGCCGCUUGUAAAGGCUGUGGUUGAUGUUGGUUCAGGAACAGGGAUUCUUUCUGUAUUUUGUGCUCAGGCUGGUGCAAAACGAGUAAGAGUUUAUGUCUUUGUUUUCAUUAAUUUGCUAUGUUGAUAUAUUUACACACACACACAUCACCCAUUCACAUUUAUAAAAGCUACAAUAUUUUUCGAAAUAGUAAUAACUGUAGCACAUAUUUAAGGCUGGUCAGGGUUGAAGUUGUGACACAGUAAUGUAAGUAGAAACUUUCUGAGGAGAUCUUUUCAAAAAAAUAUACUUCUGCAUGAAUUGUUUACCAGGUUAAUGCAGUGGAAGACACUGAACUAGCGUCGCUGGUAAUUUUUUACACAAUUUCCUAUUUCAAUCGUUAACAAGAUGCUACAUUGUUCUAUUAUAUCGUGUACUGCGUUAUCCAAAUAGCCAGUUUCAUGUCAUUCUUCUUCCUUUACAGGCAAUUUCAGUUUUAAUGUAUUUCCAACUGCUGCUAAAAAACUACCUUUACCUGUUGCGAUAAGUGCUUUCUAAAAUAGAGAUUCAUACCCUGGUUAAGGAUUUAGCAUAUAAUAUGAAAUUUGUGAGAAUCAACAGUAAAAUGGUAAAUUUCUCCUUUUUGACUGUAUUUAUCAGGCACAAAAAGUCAUGGAGGCCAAUAAUCUAUCUGAAAGGGUCAUUGUUUUACAUGGAUAUGUAGAGGAUGUUGGAAUUAAUGAAUAGUUGCAGACUGGAUGGAUCAUUUACUUCUCUAUAACUAUGAGAACAUGUUGGGGAGCGUCCUUACAACCAGGAUUAACUUACAUAUAUGUUAAUAAAAAGUAUUAAGAGGUAAGUAAAUCUAUCUAACCACAAAUAAUUCAUGAUUAGUUUUUGCUUUGUCUGCAGCUGUAUAUAGCUCCUGUCACUCUUCCUGACAGAUACAAUUCAAAAAUUGAUUUCUGGCGCAAUGUCUAUGGAAUCGACAGUGAGUGUGCAUAUGAAAUCACCUAUAAUAUAUUAUUUCCCUGAUUACUUUCUAACUUAAUUUCAUUUUUCCUUGGUAUUAUCUUGGUAGACAUCUCGAGCACAAUUGAUUUCAUUCAUGCUCGAGUCAUCGUAUCAAACUAUCAAUGCUCAAGUGACUCGCAGGUCACAAUAUUCUUCCAGGGGCUUUACUAACAUAAAGUUUUCAUACCUAGAGGCUGUAGGAGGGGUAUUUUCUCCCCAUUCAUCUAGAAUAAGAAUAAAACCGUAAGCAGAAGUUAAAGUAGUUCUCAAUGUUCUAGAAUCCUGCUAUAGACAAAAAAAAUUUGCGAAAGUUGGCCUCUCAUAGCGACUCCUUACACUCAUCAACAUUUUUUUACAGUACUCUUAGAGUAUGAUCAAUGAGAAGACAUUCAGCCCUUUUCUUCAGUGACAUCCACUUACAUACGCAUCAGAAGGAACUGAGAAAUGUUUAGAGCUAGGAAUUACAUACACAAUGCAGAUAACUAAUUCCAGCAGAACCAUCACACCUUUUUUUUUCAGAUUGAACUAUCUAAAUGGUUUUAGUUGUAUGACUUUCCAAUGGGAUGAGUUUGUUUGAAACACUAUACAUUUUCAGUUUCUAUUAUGCACGAGUUGUCAGGUCUCAAAUGCAGCGGAACAAAGUCAUCUGUGGGCCUCGGCAAAGUGGUUUAUGAUUAUGCACACAGUUACCAAAAUGAAAACCUGGUAAAAGGUGUACCUAGGGAUCACCAAAAUUGUUAACCCAAGUGUGCUCAAGUGCACCCUGGUGGUGAUUAUUUUAAAAUGAAUCCUUUAUAUCUACCAGUCGGUUAGUCCAGAGGAUUAAUUUGACCGGCUUCCACUUUAAUUUACUUGAUACAUAUUGAAAAAUAUCUCUGUGUCUGUAAUACUCUGUCUGUCUAUACCUUGUUUACAUUUUUAAAUUGAUGAGAUCUGUUUUUCUAUUUCUUGAUUCAUACAUUAAGUUGGAAUUUUUUGUGUGUAUUGUAGUGUCUACCAUGGUACCUUGGGCAAUACAAGAUGCAUACGAAGACCCGUGUAUAGAGAAGAUUAAGAGUGAAAAUUUUUAGCAUUGCCUCAAGUGGUGAAGUAUGUGGACUGUUAUACAAUUAAAAUACAGGAGCUAGAAUCAUUAAAAUCAAGAUUCAAGUUUGAGUGUCUGACCCAAGCAACCUUUCAUGGAUUUGCUUUCUGGUUCAAUGUCGAAUUUAGUGGCUCUGUGACAACCCCUGCUGAUAGCAAUGCACCAACCUUGCAGUCUUCAAGCAAUUAUCCCAAUAUGAGUGGUCAAAAGAGAAAGCGUGAUGAUCCCAUUGAAGCUAUUGUACUUUCAACAGCACCUGACAAGCCGCCAACACACUGGGAACAAAUGGUAGUCUACUUGAACAAUCCAAUAGAUGUUGAACAAGGUCACCAGAUUGAAGGUUCUGUGACAUUGACACCUAAUCAAGAAGAAGAUGGUCCCAACGUGCACAUCCGUCUUGAAUACAAGUCAGGUCACCGUUCCUUCGUGAGAGAAGCAGUAAUGCGCUGAUAUGAUUCUUGCUCUACGUAAAUUCAUUCUCUCCUUUUAAGACUUAAGUAACCAAAAAAAUCCAUAUAUUAAGUUCCUAGUUUCUGUUGUGAAGUAUGCUGAUAUAAAUACAACAUCCAAGCAAGCAGUAGUAUUCAAACUAGUACUAUCCAUAUUCUGUUGUUUGUAUCACUCUUUAUGUAGCCAUAGGUAGUCUGCCAUUCCAAGGUUUGGACCUCAGAUAUUACUGGUUAAGUUCUUGGCAAGUGUUAUAAAUACUUUUGCAUCUGCCAGAGGUACUUUCAAAGCAACCUAGAAGGAGCAGGGUUCAUAAUUCUGAUUCAUACUAAUCUGCAUUUUUUA